UUUCCCCUCGCAAACCCCCCGAACCCUUCCAUUUCUCCGGCGGGCGUUCGACCUCGUCGGCGAUGACUCGCAUCACCGCGCCCCCGCCGCCGCCCUCGCCGCCCUCGUCUCCACCCCCACUCCGCCACUCCCCCGCCUCGGGGACCCCGCGCUCCCGCCGCCGCCACUCGCCUUCCCCGUCCCUCGCGCUCACCCCCUCCUCCGCCUCCACCUCCGCCGCCGCCACCUCGAGGCCCAAGGUGCGGCCGUCGCCGAGGAGGGGCUACACGCCGGCUCAGUGGGUUCCGCUCCCGUCUCAUCCAUCGUUCUCCCGUGGUGAUGGCGGGGAGGGCGGUGGAGCCGCGUGGGAUGCCGCGGCGUCGCGGCUGUACGUGUGGGACCCUUCGGCGCGCGGCGUCCACCGGAUAUGCUUGCGGGUUCGCGAUGCGGAGGCGGGGAAGGACGGGGAGGACGUCGCCGUGGAAGCUGCCGUGCCUUCGGAGAUGUUGAUGCCGGAGACUGAUCUUGGUUACAAUGCCAUGCAUGUAUCACUUAACACUGAUGGUUCAUCGCUUCUACUUGCUGGAUCACAUAACAUAAGUGUGCUGUAUGUACAUGAGAGAGUUUCUAAAGAUGGUGAUACAAUCAUAUGCAGGACUGUGCCAGUUGCUUCUCAAAUCUUACCCAGCAACAAUGAUGGCAUAAAAGUACUGCAGACAUCGUGGCACCCUUUUAGCAGCAGUCACUUUGGAGUCUUGACAUCAGAUGCUGUUUUCAGGUUAUUUGAUCUGUCAUUCAGUUUAGAGCAACCAGAGCAGGAGUUCUUUUUGCAGCCAAUUCUACCUGGCAAAUGUCAGAAUGCUUCAUCAAUUUGUCCUGUGGCAUUCUCAUAUGGGAGUGAUCAUCUGUGGGAUAGAUUUUCGGUUUUCAUCUUAUUCAGUGAUGGUUCAAUUUUUGUGCUCUGUCCCAUUGUUCCAUUUGGAAGCGAUUACAAUAAGAAACAUAUUCUAGAAAUAUAUGAAGAUGUUAAUGCAUUUGGACUGAAAUCCUCAAAUCAAAAUGUUGUCACCAACUCACGUUUGGCGAUUGCUUGGUUGGAAGCAACUUUUCCUGACUUGCUACAUCUGCCAGCAGAUUCCAGUGGAUUGAUGUCUAGAGCUCAUCCAUACGCAUCACUCGAUGAUUCUCUAACUUUACAGGGACCUCUUUGUAGAGUUUGCGAAGAAAACAGUGAACCUGAAAGCAAGAGCAACUCUUGUGAAGGCAAAGCUGUGGGUUUUGUGUACAGUUCUGUUGGUAAAGAUUCCGUUCUUGUAACUGCCUGGGGUAGUGGACACCUCCAAAUUGAUGCUCUUGCUGAUGAAAUUCAACCACAGUGGAGCAUAGGAAUUCCUACCCGUCUUAAUGUCGAUUCACAUGGACAAAUAAAGAGUGUCGCUAUGAUAUGUGACUCUAAUUCAGAAGAUUCUUGGGCCAUGCGAUCAUAUCGCCCAUCCAGUACAGGAUCAAAUGUGAAGAGCAAUACAGAUGCUGUUUGGAUGGGGCACUCUCCUCCUUUGCUAAGACUUGCCAUUGUUGAUUUAGCACUGCCAAAAACUUCCAAUGAUAGCUCUUUAUCAUUGUUUCUAGAUCCCCUUGUUCCAGAGCGAUUUUAUUGUGCUCAUGGUGGGGGACUUGACAUGGUCACACUGCACUUCCUGCCAUUUUCAUACCCUGAAAUGGCAUCCACUCCACCCUCUGUGCAUCCUAUUCUCACUACAGGAGAUAGUGAGACAAAUUAUCCCUUCCUUUCUGGUUUUGUUACCAUAGCAGAUGCAUAUGGCCAUGUGCAGUUAGUCAGCAUUACAUGCCCAGGUGAGUGCUUUGUGGUGGAGAUGAAGGGUUGGAAGGAACCAACGCCUCUUCAGCUUGACAUAGACAGCAAGUUCAUCAAGGACGUGGAAUCUUUCACAACUGGGAUGAUCAGUAAAGAGCUCGUCACAGGUCCUGAUCCACCCAUAGUUUCAUCUUCAUCGAGCUUGAGGUCGUUAGCACCUGACUCUAUUGAAGGAAAAUCCACUCUCCAUCACUAUAUUAAGGUUUUCCAUGAGCACUAUGUGGAGUAUGGGCACAAGGUUUUCAUUGAGCUCAAGGAACAUGCGGACUACCUGAAGACAGAAAUUGAAGACAAGCAAAAACGCUUGCAAUCAGUGAAGCAAACACUUCUAUCCAUAGAAGCCAAAGACCAAGAUAUCAACAACCGGAUAAAUCGGGCCUUUAAGGUAUACGAUCUGCUGGAAAAACGCAUCGAGGGCUUCAAGAUACUGCCUGCGGCAAACAAGAAGCCAUUAUCACGAGCAGAGCAGGAGUUCAAAGCACAGCUAGAUAGGUUUGCAGAUGUGGAGCUGGAUGCAUUGCGCUCUUCAAUUACUGCUCUGAGUGCAAGGAUGAAACGAUUUGCUCACCCACCCAUUGGCAGUGCGGCUAGUACAGGAAUGCCAUCAUGGCAGACACCGAAGGGUCCACGAACCCAUGUUUCGGACUCCCAGAUGUCAUUACUAAAAUCUUCUCUUGGGAAGCUCUCUCUCCUCAACGAGGAGAACAAUCUAAAGCUGCAGCUCAUUGAGCAUGAACUCAAGAACCAGGAGCAAUAGGUGGUGUCUCGGUGUUCAUACCAUCGUGUGGCUGAUUGCAGCUGUUACGCUCAGCAUGGACAACUUAAUUUUCCAUUUCUUUUUGCAGGUAUUUUAGAACAACUGUGUAUUACAUGCCCUCACGGGCUGUGAUUACUCAAGCCCGUUCUCGCAUUUUUCAAUCAAAUCAUUAGUCUUCUUUUUGAGUACAUGCAGAAUGCAACUUCAUGUGCUACUCUGCAAGGGGACGGCAUCAUGAACAGGCGAGCAGUUAACCCGGGGCGCGUAUCAGCGUGAUGUAAAAACAUGCAACACUACUUGCAAUGACCACUAGCUUGUGUAUGUAUUCAGUAGCCAUUUGAUAACUUCACCCAGUAUUUUUUUUCCUUCCCAAGGAUUAUGGGCGUAUUUAACUAUUUAACUCUUGCUCUCUCCUUUUCGGAUCUGCAUCCAAAGUCCAAACUGACCGUAGAGCUGAUGUGGAAAGUCAUGAGACGAUUCGGUUUUAGGGCAGAAGCUAUGUUACCUGCCUGCUUGUUUUGAUGACCCAGUUAGAGUUUAGUACGCUAAUUUGCAUGCAUCUCAUGGUAUGAUUUUCCAAUUGGUUAUAUUUGAUUCAUGGCCAUAUUAACCCUUAAGAUGCAAUUUUUCCCUGCAAAUCUUAUGCAUUAGCAACUUCCUGGGAACAGCGUAGCAAAAAUCCAUCCAACCUUGCAUGCAAAUUGCAACA